AUGGCACGAAGGGAUUUAUCGGAUAUUAUCUUUUCCAAUGAGAGUCUGGUGUUAGAUUCAGGUGACCUUUAUCUUGGUACAACUUUAUUACAGCUUCAGAUUUUCUUCACAGAAAGUGAUGUGCCUUUCGAAGAACUUCUAGCACUUUAUGGUUAUGAAGCAUCCGAUCCAAUCUCCGAGCAUGAAAGUGAGGGCAGCUCACCCAGUGAGCUUGCUGAUAACUUGCCAGAAAUGACUCUGGAUAAGGAGCAAAUAGCUAAAGAUCUUCUUUCUGGAGAAGAAGAGGAAGAGACCCAGUCUUCAGCAGAUGAUUUAACUCCGUCUGUCACUUCCCAUGAGGCAUCUGAUCUUUUUCCCCACCCUCUGAGAUCUAAUUCUAUUGAGGAUGAUAAGGAACUGUCAUUAUCAGAUGAGGAUUCUGAAGAAGAUGAUUCCAUUUUAUCUAAUGACUGUAAAAAGGAGAUUAUGGUUGGGCCUCAGUAUCAAGCCCCUAUUCCACCAUUUAUUGGCCGAUAUAGACAAAAUGAGAAAGUUUAUGAUAACGAGGAUCAGUUGCUUUGGGAUCCCUAUGUUCUUCCAGAAAGACAAGUUGAAGAGUUUCUAUAUAAAGCAGUAAAGAGAGCAAGAGAUGACAAAACGAAUGAGAGCUUACCUGAAGGAAUACUCAUUAAGGAUAGCGAACAGGCCUUGUACGAACUUGUAAAAUGUAACUUCAAUGCAGAGGAAGCCCUGAGAAGACUAAGGUUUAAUGUCAAAGUCGUGCAAGAUGAACUGUGUGCCUGGAGUGAAGAGGAAUGCAGAAAUUUUGAACAUGGACUUCGGGUUCAUGGCAAAAAUUUCCAUCUCAUACAAGCAAAUAAGGUAAGAACGCGUUCCGUUGGUGAGUGCGUUGCAUAUUAUUACAUGUGGAAGAAAUCCGAGCGUUAUGACUAUUUUGCUCAGCAAACAAAAUUUGGGAAGAAGAAGUACAGUCUUCACCCAGGUGUCCUAGACUACAUGGACCAGGAGUUGGAUAGCAUUGAGGGUGAGAGUUGCAGCCGAACCCCAAAUUCUCCACCCAUCUCCUCCACUACGAGCAGACUGGACCCAGAACAAGAUCCACUACUCAUCCAGAACUCAGAACAGCAAGAUGUCGAAAUUGCAGUUUGCACCAUGAGUGGUAACAGCCAGAUGUUUGAGUACUGCAAUUCUCCAGUGAACCGAUCUGAAACUAGUUGUUCGCUGGAGCCCAUCUGUGACCAAGGAAGAGUUACACCCACUCAUGACUGUGAUACUGUUACCUUAAGUCAAGCAGAAUCGGGGUUUUUCCAGCUGGAACUGGAUCAAGUCAUUUUGGAUAGACCAGCAUUGGAGAUGUCCACAAAAAAAUUGAAGAUGGAUUUCUCUCUGCCGAAAACAUUCAAUCCCGGACUGUCUGAUAACCCUGACAGUGUGGAUUUUGAAAACCACACUUCACACAUUGCUCAGGCAAAAAUGUCUGUUGCUGUGACGGAUUUUGGAAGCAUUGAUGUUGGAGAUGUGAACAGCUUGCUCAGUGCUCAUACAUUGCACCACCCUGCAACUAUUCAUUCGGAAUCGUUAUCUCAGUGAGAGCUAGGUGUCUCGCAGAAUAUUUUAUUUAUAUUUUACUUUAAAAGUUACUGGAAAUCUAAUUUUUGACAUGACAUCAGUGAUGUCUUAUAUUUAUUUACAGUGUGUAUUUGUUUCUUGAGAGGAAAGAACCAUUUAUUUUUGGGCCCAGAUACAUGAAUAGGAUCUGACCCUGUUUGGAUGGUACAUGGAGAGGAGAUUUUCCUCACACUUUAUAGAGCAACCUUUUUCACCUAUUCAGUUUUGUAUCGUCUUGUCUGUGAAAUUGGAUUCAUGAUGAUAUCACCUGCAAGUCUCAUUCAUGACAUUUAUUCUAGUCAUAGACAUGAUCAUUUUUUUAAUUGUGCGCAAUGUUUAAAAUCCAACUCCAGUCAUUUCCUGCAUCUCUAAGAAGCUAAUCAGUGUUCUUUUUGGACAAGGGUGUGUGUGCAUUUUGUGUGUGACUGAUUUCUAAUUGUAUCUUUGAUUAAACCAAACCAUCUUAAUGGUGAAGGAAGCUACUUUCAUGGCUAAGAAAGAGAAACACGGAAAAGCUAAGUUUAUAUUAGGUUUGGGAAAAAAUGAACUAUUCAGUUUUAAUGAAAUCCUGUUUCAUAUCAGCUGUUUGUCUGUCCCCUUUUUGGAUCCAGCAACUAGAGCUGAGCCAACCUUGAACUAUUUUGAACUGAUACAAAAUAAUGAUCUGGGUGCCAGGUGAGAGCACAUAUUAUCCAAUCACUAGAACAAGGCUAGUACUAGGGAUUGCUGAAACUGGGUCCCAGGGACUCCUUAUACCAAAAUGUGUAGCUGUGGCUGUGUUGAAUUAAUGCCACAAGAUGAUGGUUUGUGGUAAAUAUUUUGCUGUACAUCUAGUGUUAAUAAAAGGGUACUGCGUGGACCAGAAAGGAUUUGUAUUUCCAUGAACUUAAGGAUUGUAGAAAUUUGGCAUUUCUUUUAUGUGAAUGCUUUGCACCCAAGUGAAGACUCCAUUCUUUCCCCACAGCCACCCUCCCCUUCCAAAUCCCCCAAAUAAAAGUAGAAUCUCUUUCAAUAGUUGACAUUCACCAGCUUCUUUCUAGAAGCAAUUUAGAAGCUAAGUAUACAUGCCAUGGUCCAGUUGGGAUUCGUUCACUGCUUUAUCCAUCCUGCUGCAGCCCAAUUACCUGGUCAUUAAAUGCUUAGAAUGGUUUCAGUUUUGGAAACAUGUUUGGUUUGCCACAGAUUCUAAGCCUAAAUACUGUGGGACUAGAAUACUCGUAGUUAAAAUCUACAUUCCUCACUGGGAAACAUUGAUUAACCCAAUAUGUUUUGUGAUUGAAAUUCUUUUCCAUCAAAUAAAGUUGAAAGAGGUUUCUGCACUAUCCUUUGUUAAGCACUGCCGUGUAGGGAAGCGAUUUUCAAUGUGCUACAGUUCAAUUGCAACUUACAUAGGUAGUGAUGCAACAACUUUUUGAGUUUUGGGCGGUUGCUGUACCUUUGCCUCUAGGAUUUUUAAUAAUGUAACAUUUAAUAAAACAAAAUUUUAAUGAUCUUGCACUGAAAAGAUUCUGUGCACUCAAACAUUGCUAGUUUUCACUCAUACUAUAUCAGUGUUACUUUAAAAACAAGCCUGUAUGUUCAUUAAUCAAGUUUGCCAACUCUUUUGGCAAGACUGCUGCAGACUAUUGCACAAAGGAUAAUGCAUUUAAAGCCAUUUGAGUUAUAUUUUAAUUUAAAUAUUGCUGAAAAUCUUAGUUGACAUAAAAUCACUUGGCCAGGCUAAAAAUCACUUGGCACAUCCAGCCAAGCUAAAGACUUGCCACCUUAAACUAUUGCACACUCAGUCUUAUUUAUGUUGAUCCCACGGCCCCACUUAAUGUUAAAAUAACUAGCAGUAUGUUGUUAUUUGCUGUUCAAUAUUUUUAAAUAACCCUUAAGAGUCACUUUGUAAUUCAUUUUGCAUACAACUCAGUAAGACCCAGUCAGUUGUCAAAAUAAGAAUUUCUCUCAAGUUGCAGAACACUUGACGUUUGUGGUAGUUUACUUACCAGAAAAUGUUUUUCUAAUUCAAAUUAGUAUUUUCUUUUAAAUGCUCGUACAUCCCUGAAUGUUUAGAGCUAUUCAUUAUUCAGGCUAACUUAGUUUGAAUGUCACUAGGCUUUAUUCUUUUGUCACAGUCAUAUGCUGGCAAUCUGAGGGCUAUAACAAUAAAUGCAUGCAGUAGAGCUUAAAUCCUUGAAUGAAAAAAAAGUAGGUAAGUUUCCUUUUUGUUUAAUGAUGCCAACCUUUGGCUGAGUAAUAGCAAUGUGUUCAGUCAGCACUCAAACUUUAUUUUAUAUCUAAAGCUCAUAACUGUAAGCUUCAUUAUGAUAUUGAGGCAGUUGUGUUGUCAAAAGCACCAUAUUCCUUUCAAAACAUUAAACCUUUCAGGCGAAUGCAAAAUGUCCCAUUGAAAUUAUUCCAAAAUCAGCAAUUGAGUUUUCCCAAUGUCCUGGCCAGUAUUUGUCACUAAAUAAAUUAUCAGUCAAUUAUUACUCUUUGGAAGUAACAAUGCUAUGAUUUAUUGGGGGAAAAUAUGAAAUUUCCAUUGUCUGACCUACUAGUGAUAGGUUCUGCUUAGUUCAUCUCCCUUCCUGAGUAAAGAUGAAGAGUGUGUUUGGAGUUGCAUCAAACACCAAAGUUCACUGCCAUUAAGUUGUGAUUCACUUUAAAUUGUAAUUAAAUAUUUAAAUAGUUCAAGUUGUACAGUCUCAUUUGCAAUAUUAUGUACAAUUUUGUUACUCCCCCAUCCAAAACAAGAACCAUUUUAAUUCUUAAAAUUUAGAUUUUGCAAUGAAGUAAAAAUUGUAUAUUUGUGCUGCUAGUUAACAGCAGGCUCUUUUGUUUUAAUUUUUAUUUGAAUCAGCUAUUAAUUGAAAUUCUCGUCUAACACUGAGGAGGCACAGAUCUGCAUGAAACCCUCUAUCAUGUCUAUGGCAGAGUACUUGACAAAUCUUCUGCAUUUUUAUCAUUAUUUUUCUUAUUGUGUUCCAGGGAGCACAAUGUAAUUCCAGGACAAUUGUUCCCACACAAACUAUGCAUUCUGCCAUUAAAGGCAAACAUUUAUAGCUCCGAGCACAAUAAAAGUCGAUCUGAUGAGACAAAAUUAGAGAGAAUGAAUUUGUUAUGUAAGAGAAAUUCAUAUUGUGAACUCUGUGUGAACAAGUAUUAAAAGUCUUUUUAACAAGUAUUCUGAAUUUCCCUUGUGAGUCCCACUAUGUUUAUUGGGAAGCGGUCCAUUAAUUUCUAGGAGCAUAAAUUUAACUAAACCAAAGUUCUGCUGUUAGAGAAGUACAUCAAUAAAAUCCUCUUGCAGGAAUGAAAAAAAGAGAUUGACCAUAAUGAUAACAAGUUUUGUAGGAAAAUUCUUUAAAUGUUAAGUUGUGCUGCAGUUUAAUAUGUCUGUUAUGGUCACUUCUGUGGGCAAUGUAAUCAUAGAUGCCUGUAUAAAAUACAAAGAGUAUAGAAUUGGAAUGUUCUCAGGGUCAUUCUUUUUUGGUGUAUUGGGCAAGUUUUCUGUAAUUGUUAGAAAUGUCCAUAUUCUAACAACCACUUAUUUCAAAUGGUAGUCUAAUGAAUUCAAACUUGCGUUGUUACUACAUAGAUGAGUUGUGACAUCUGUGAAAAUAUGGUGUGGGAAUAAGGAUGAGGCAAACCAAAAAUUCUGAACAAUGUUGAUAUAUAAACAUGCAUAAUGUUCACCAAUGUCCAAACUUACCACUCACUGGCAUAUUACAACUUUAAAAGUGCCCCAGGGCCAGUAGGGGGCAGCUUGUGUUUCAUGUUUGUUAUGGAGUCUCUGUCCUAUUGAGCAGCAUUUGCUGUUGGAAUGAAACUUGAUAUUUUCUGAAUGGCCUGAUUCCUUUGUGACUUUUUAUUUCUCUCCUGUGCCAGCAUCUGAAUAAUGUUCUUAUAUGUAUAAACUUGAGCUUCUUAAAGGAUGGAUGUGAUCUAUCACUGACAUUUAUGGAAAAAAAAGAGGCUUGGUUUAUGGUGUACUGUCUUUGUACUUUAUCACUUGCAAAGCAUGCCUGUUGUCUCUUUGGAAUGCAAUUCUUCUUUUUAGCCAGAUUCUGCCGGAUCUCUACUCCCCUGGGUUUGAGUAUUCAGCAGCAAAUCACAGGGAGAUGCAGUAUUGAAAUGUGCAAUGUCAUUUUCAGGUCAUUAAUUACAUAGAAAAGCAGACUAUUAUUGUUGAUCUUUUGCAAUUGUUUGUAAGUUUGGGAAUGUAAUGUUUCUAGCUGCCAAAGUAUUGGAAUUUUCUUUCCCAUCCAAGAAGAGCCACUGGGCACACAAACCAUUCUUCUGAUUAAUACUGCUGACUGGGAAAAAUCAUUAAUAACUAGGCCCCUCUUGCACACUUUUCUAAUUCACAUAAUAUUUAAAACUGACUGAUCUGACUUUGUUGCAAACUCUCCGUGUUCAUUAUUUUCAGAGCUGCUUUAAAAUUGAUGGAAUUGAAAGUUUGGUGCAGCUCUAAGGAAAGUGAUUGUAUUAAAGACUUUUGUCAAUCAAGUCUGUACUGAUUGUUCCUGUUGAUAGGUUUUAUAUAUCUUACCAUUUAACCUUUGCAUUAUUUACUCAUGCACUCUAUGUACACAUUUUUUAAAUUUUUUUUUCCACUGUUGCUUUGCUGUUUCCUCUUAUUUUCUAUUUGUGCCAUGGACUCUCCAUCUGCAUCUCUUUAACCCUGUCAUAUGGUUACGAUGAAAAUGUCUGGUCCCCCAAAGAUUUUACGUUCUUUUAAAAUAAAUCUUGUAGCAAGAUAACCAAAUGGCAAAUAUUAUUUUUGUCCAACUUAAUUUAUUUUUUUGGAGGUUGUGGAGUGAGAGACAAAUAAUUAAGAGCCAGGAGUGAACGUGUUUGCAUCUUAAUUGCAUUGGACCUAUCAGUAAAGCAUUUUCAUUUAUUGUGGCGCUGUAAUCAAAAUCACAUCAUGAAGUCCAUAAAUAUUAACAAAUCUCAUUAACCUUUGAAGAGACAAUGGUCAACUCCACAAGGCCAGCUGAGACGUUGAACCAUUUAGUUCAGAACUAUUCAGGGGAGAAAAAUUGGCCAGAGUUGUAAAAUAUAAAAAGGUUAAUACUAUUGAAUUAGAGCAGCUUAAUAGUCUGCAAUCUUUGCCAAGUUUGUAUUUCUGAAACUGACAGUGGGUAUUUACAGUUUCCACAAACUUCAAAUAGUCUAUGUAAAAAGAAAAAUCAACACAUUUUUAAUAAAGCUGUAGGUGUUCAUGCAAUGGUUAGAAGCAGCAAUAAGUCACAGCCCAUGGUGUAUUAUAUUGAGAGAAAAUGGAAACUUUAUUCUUGUUCUGUGUAGUAUAGCCUGAACUAAUAACAGAUGUAUUUUUGUGAGAAUAUUCUACAGGGAGGUAGACUUCCAAUGCAAUAUAAUCAUUUAAUAUUGUGACAUUGAAACAAUUUCUAAUGGCAGAAUAACUGGGUAUUUGGUUUGUUGCUGCAUCAUAUCUGUCUUGUUCUAUUAUACAGCACCUGAUCCUCCUUGUCAUUGAUAGACUGAAUUAUAAGAUUAGAAAUUAACAUUGUAUUUGUGCAUUUUCAGUAUUUUAAUUCGUGCAAGCCAUUAAUUAUUUGUGAAUGACAUUUAAUCCCUUCACUGGUCUGAUGAAUAUUAAUAAACAUAACACCAGCCUAAGUAUAUCUUGUUCAAACCAAAAUUAAUUUUAAGCCUGUGAAAAGAUCAGUGUUUUCUAAAUUUCAGUCUGUGCAUUUGUAUCAGUCAGACUUCAAUGGAUUCACUAGAAAUUGUGCAUCAAUUUCGUAGCCAAAAGCAAGGAUUUUCAUACUGUUACAAUGGGCAUUAUGAACAGCAACCUAUUAGCUUAGUUGAUCUUACCCUCAGGUGUUGAAUCCCAGUGGCUGAUGAUCCAACUCCCCAUACCUAUUUUGGUUAGGAUCUCAGAGGAGAAUCAGCCAGGGAGGGAACUAGGAAUUUGGAGUCAGGUGUACAGUUCAGGGUGUUAGAAGGGGAUUCACUUCAGAAAAAUAAGGUUUUGGCUGAUAUUUUCCUUUUCAAAGCAUCUUGGCUGUUCUUGUACUGUAGCCAGGAACACAUCGAGAAGUCAUGUAUGUUGCAAAGCAUGUGGUGCAUUGUAAAAUUGUGCAUUUACUCUAUAUUUGUACUAAUUGAAACAAAAGUACUGUUUUAUGGAAGAAACAAAUAAGUGUGUGUUUUAAAAGAGGAAAAAAGAACUGUCCUGCUGCUACUACUGUAUCAUCCUCUGUUAUUUUAUCUUGAUGUGCAAUCCCUUUACUAUCUCUCCUUAAUACUUCAUUAUUGGUUGUCAGGAAAAAUACUGCCUUCACAAGAUGAGCACAAACUGAACCCAAAAUUUACUCAAUCUUGUGAUUUUUGUUUUGGUUUUAUAAAGAAAAGCUGAAUUCAUAAGUUCUGACAAUUUUUCAAUUGUACUUUUGGUUUAUAUAUACAUGUAUAGCAAUUUUCAAUGUUUUUAAAUUUCAGAUGUUGGAAUCAGUCUUUGGUAUUUGGUCCAACUCAGUAUAAAAAGACCAAGGCUUGAAAAGGAGUUUUUGGGGAAGCCUACAUUUGAGAUAAUCUGUAACAAAACCUACUCUGUUCAUGUGCUACUUGCCAUAUCCUCCGUGUGAUUUAGUUUUCCUUUUGUACCACUCUCCGUAUGCAUAUAAGACAAAGCGCAUAUAUCAUUCAAAAACUAAGAUUGUUGUCCAGUUUAAAAAUUGAUCUGCAUCUCCCGAUAACAUACCAAAUUGAUCCAAUGAGUAACCAAACAGAUUAGGAGGAUGCUAUGUACUCAUCUGAUAACAAGUAGGGAAGCAAUUAAAGUGAAGUGCCCCUGGGUUAGGUUGCCAAAAUCAGUAAGGGUUUCUGCUUCUGAUUUCUAUGUGAUCCUUAUUACAAGUGCAGAGGUUGAGUGAGGAAAUGGGACUAAACCUCACGUGACCAAUACCUUGCUUAUCUAAGUUUACACCUUGUGACUUGGGUGAAGUAUUCAGUAGGCAGUUGGCAACUGUGAAAUUACCUACCAAUGAUUCAAGACUUCUCUCUAGAGAUGGAGGAAAUACGGUACAGCAGAUUGCUAAUUUUGGAUUUUUUAAAAGUAAAAUGUGCAUUUUUCAGAGACGUUUAAACUAUGUGUAUAUUUUUAAAACAACAUUCAUUGCUUAUUGUUACUAGUUAUGUUCUUGAAAGGAAUCAAAUUUUAUAAAUAUGUGGAAGUUUUCUUUUGGAUAUUUUAAAGAACAAAAUUUGUACAUUAAGGAGGACUAGUGAUAUGUAUGCAUUCCUUACUGAUAACUUAUGCUCCGGGUAAAAUGUGACUGGCUUAAAUGUGUUUGAUCUACAAUGACUAUAUUUUUACGUUUAAAGUUGAAACAACACAACUGCCAUUUGUGCAGAUUUGUCUUGACUAAUCUAAAUAUGCCUUUUUAUAUAUUAGCUGGACUGGAGAAAGUGUAAAUGGAUUAGACACUGCUUUCAUGCAUGUUACAUGUAUGUGGCUUCACUAUGAGAUAGUAUAAGGACCCAGUAUUUGGACAGCUAGUUGCACAUUCAUAAGUUGCAACAUUCCUUGUAUGUGACUGCCCUCUAUUACUCUCGGACUGUGGCUUUGCCUACAGCUCAGCACUAAAAGUCUGAAAUGUAUAAGAAAUUCCUGUUGUAAAGAAGAAAAAUAGUGGUAAAAUAUUUUUGAUGUUACUUUGUAAAUAUAAGUUAUAAGGCUCAUGCUGUAAUGUUAAAACUCCUGUAGUUUGUAUGUUGUAGAUUUCCCGGACUGCCUAGGUUGCCAGAAAGAAGCACUCUGCUGCAAUCUGGGAAGCAACCACUAGAUGGUGAAAUAUAUUUAUUUUUGUGGUCAUUUAGCUGGUGAAGUCUACACUACACUUUAUAAGGUUGUAAUGGAUAACAACAUUCUGUGCCUGUAAAAGUUUCUAUUCAGGACAUUUAAAGAACUAUCAAGGACAUUCAUCCUUUGCAGAUCUGCCCAGGCUGAUUUCCAGAAAUGAGUUUUAUAUUGCACAGUAUUUUAUACUUCCACUAAGAGUACUUUGUUCAUCAGCCGUCAUCAAACCAAGAGAAAAGUCUCUCUGUUACAUAUGUAUUUUAUCACUAUCCAUUUUACUCCCAUUUCUCUGAUUUGUGUAAAUAGGUGGAGUAACAUACAUUCCUCAUUAUAACAUUUCAGUUCUCUCAAAUUUGACAUUUUCAGUACUACUUAUUGAGGAAUUUGCUGCAUUAUAUAAUUUAUGAUUACAUUUGAACCAUGUCCUUUAAAAAGACUUUUCUUAAAUUUUAUUUUAUUAGAUUUUAUUCCAAAUUGAGCUAUAAGUGAGCCCAUUUGUUCAGAGUGUUUCUCUUUAAAUAAUGCACAUUUCACUGUGAUGUAAUUAUAAUUUUAUUGUAGUGUUUAAUACAUUGUGAACUAUUUUGAAAAUAAGAUGAUUACAAUGUAGUUAAUGUUUUGCACAGUUAUCAGUUGACCCAACAUAUUUAGAUUACUGUGUUACAUAUUAAUGCCCUUUUGAAACCUUCAAAAUAGUUAGAAAUGUUGAGAAUUCUGUUUAAAUGCAGAAAUAUAUGUCAUUGUAAAUUGUUAAUUCCAGCCUGCACAGGUCUGUAAUAAUGUGCCUACAAUGUUGCGCUCAGAGUCCAAGAAAUGAAAGCCCAGUACAGUGAUGAAAGCAGGCACUUUACAAGUAUCUUAUAUCUUCAUUAUUGCCUUAUAGUGAAUUUUAUCUUAUGAUUUUGACACUUGAGUGCUGUCCAUUGUUGUGAAAGAUUCUCAGUCCAUUGCCAAUGUGAAUGGAGUUCUAUGAAAAUGCAAAUCGUGUCAUUAUACUAUCUAUAACUAGAAAUAUUUGAAAUUUAUUAACUUAUUGGAAAUAAUUGCAGUGUUGGUUGUGUGAGACCAUUUGUUUUUCAAAUGUAGCUACUUUUAAAACAGUGGUAUCUUUGCAAAGAUUAGAGUAGGAACUUUGCUUUCAUAGAUGACAUAGCUGAUCUAAAUAUCAAAUUGUGUGCAUGAAUUGGGGGGAAGAAAGAGAACACUGUCAUUUGAAAGAAGCUAACAUAGCCAGGUUUCAUCAGUUCAUGAAUAUGUCAUGCUCACCUGUUUGUUCAUUGCAAAUAACACGUUGUUUUUGAAUGAACAGCACAGAUGAUGGAGGAGUGUGUGUGUGGCUUCUUGAACAUGGAUAGAUCAAAGAAAAAUCUGAAAAAGAUUUGUCUAAUAUCUGAAAUGAUUUUGAAUAAAAGUGGUAAAUAUGAAGAUAAUGCAAGAAAUGUUUCAUCAAUGAGUAUUUGUGUACAUUUGGAAUGGAGAGAUUGCAAGCUGUGAAAUCUUUACUCACAUGAAAUAAUGCAUUUUGAAAUUGUCAUUAGUGGCAUUUGUAUUCAGUAAUUGCUGAACUUAAUCACUGCUACCCUUCAAAUGAAAAUCGAGGGUACGAGAAUGAAAGUCAUCUUUGUAUGCCAUCUAAUAGCUGAUUGUAAGUGGCAGAAGUCUGGAUGAAUGUAGUUAGGAGGGAGGUUAAAGAGAAUUGUUCUUGUACGAACCUAACAGAGUGCAAAACAACUGGUACUUCAGUUGUGAGAAAAUAUUUCAGAAACUCGGUGGCACCUAUGGUGGUCAUUUGUUUCAGAAGUAAAACUUCUCAGUUGAGUUAUGGUGAUUCUCCAUUUUCAAAGAUUUCUGUAUUUUUUUAACCUGUUUAUUUUAAUCUGUCAAUUGUCAAAGUAACACAAAGUUGAAUGAAAACCUGUUGGAGGUAAAAGUUAUGCUGAAAACAACUGAGAUGUUGCUGUUAACUUAGACUUCUGAAAAAGUGCAUUAUGUGAAAUACUUCUCCUUCCCACUGAAGUUUCCAAAAGCUGCUUCAAAUUCGAGAAUUUACUAUACAUAUUCAUACAAAGUAAUAAAUGUGUUGUAACAUUUUAAUGUUUCAACACGGCCAGCCACAGCAAUUUCUUCUAUUUCUUUUGCCAAGUUUUUUCUAUCUGGCUAUUUUGUGCAUGUACUGUAAUUGCAUCCUUGACUUUCACAUGUAGGUUGCAGAAGGCUAACUACACAGUAACUGAAUACAGUACACUGAACACAGUACAUCCUGUGUGUGAAAUUGAUGUGGGUCACAACCUGUUGAUGCGAAAUAACAGCACAUGAUCAGUCUGAUUUGAUACUUAACUCAGUACCUCAGUAAUCUUGGUUCAUUAUCCAGUUUCUCUACAGUUUUCCUUUAUAGGAAGGAGUAUUUAUAUCUAAAAUUUCUUAAUGUACUUUUGAAAUUGUUCUUUAUUCAGUUGAAAUAAUUGAAAGUAAUGUAGACUUCCCUCUCAAACCGUGACCAGUUUAGUAUUGUUUGUCUGCUGUGAAAAGCCUAUGUUUGUCAUUUUGUACUAUACAAUAAAAUCUUGAUAAAUAAAAUAA